UUGACAGUUCUGCUUAUAGAAUUUCAUCAAUUCAUGGAUUGCUCUGAUUUCACCAAGUUGUUGAAAGUUCAAGCAGCAGGUUUUGCCUGAAAAUUGCAAUGAACCUUCAAGCCAUGUUUCGUGAUUUCAAUCCCGGAAAAUUUCUGGUGUGGCUGUGCGUGUGUGUGUUCACAGCACUCCUUUCAUUGCGGCUGGACAAGCUACUUGACUGGACGUACUGGGCUGUGUUUGCUCCCUUGUGGCUAUGGAAAGCUUUUGUUGUUGCUGGUGCUCUUGUUGCCAACAUCGUGUGGAUAAAAAAUCCUCAUUACAGGCUGGAAGGGCAGUCUGCCAUCCAAUACCGAGCACUGCUCAUCUCGCUGGGAAUUCAUCUCUUUAUUCUUCUAUUUGAGUUGCUAUUAGCAGAUAAUCUUGAAACGGGAAGACAUUCUUGGCUUAGCGUCUUUUCUCCGCUGAUUGUGAUUAGCUUAGUUUCCAUUGCAGCUUGCAUUUGGGGUGUGAAGCAUAAUCGUUCCAUAGAACUGGAACUGUAUUGCUCUGUGAACCUUCUUCAGUUUAUUUUUGUGGCUCUCAAGCUGGAUGGCUACAUUGCUUGGCCUUGGGAGGUGGUGCUGGUGCCGGCAUGGGUGGUGGUGUGUGCCAGCAUCGUGGCGGUGCUGUACAGCAUCGUGUUCGCAGGGCUGCUGCUCAGGCUGCCUGAGGUCAACGCGGACCGCAGGAGAACUUCUCUCAACAGCGCCAUCGCUUACACGUGUCUCGUGGCACCCCUACUAUGUUUCUUGAUCACCCUGGCGAGUAAACUGAACGGGGAGAGUCGCAAUUCUUACACGAGUAUCGUGAUGCCGCUCUACAUCACCUACUGCACGCGCCUGGCCAUGGCUUUCUCCAGUAAACGAGCUAACCAAUGGUGGUUUGGGCUGCGUAAGGACAUGUGCCAGUUCCUACUGGGCGUGUGUCCACUACUGCAGGAGUAUGCCAACAUAUCCUACGCUCUGCCUGUGCCACAGGACGACGAGCAGCAACAAGCUCUCGAAGAGCCCAAUCCUGCAGCUGAAACACCAAAUGCCAGCGCUCUAACUCGCGCCGAUACCGACAGCCGAGGCAGCAAGAAGAAGAAGAAGCAGCUGGGGCACGGUCGGGCUAAGGAUAAGGAAGUCGUUCCUCAUAUUAGUCUCGAAGUUCCUGAUUGAAUCUCUUUACCGAUCUACAUUUUCGAAUAAGUGCGAAUGGCUUUUGUUAGCGAAGAUAUUGUUAUAAAUAACUUAAUUACCUCAUAAGCGUAACAGUGUCAAGCUUUAAUUAACAUGGACUGUGUUCAGCAAUAUAUUUAAUGUGACUUAUCAUAAUCAUGAAGUUUGUGUUGCUGGUAAUAGAAAGCUAAAAAGAAUUCAACUUCAAUUGAUGGUUACAUCAAUGCCUAAUGUUAUGUUUAAGCAGAUGAUAUUUGAGGACGUACCUAUAUUAUGGUUUCAUGCUUUAAGCAACUUUUCCGUGAAAUUGGGAUUGUAUAUAAUAUUUCAACAGAUAUUACAUGUAACCUCUCGUUGAAGCCAAGCUGGUCCAUCUGCCAUAAUUGAUUUCUCCGAUGAGAUAUGAAAUCAAAUGUUGACGAGGGUUGUACUGAAUAUGUUGUAAUAAUAUGUAUGUAUUUCUAUACUUCCACAUACUAGGCGUCAAUGUAGAGAAUGAUACUUAGAUUUAUUUUUUACGGUACGAGGCAGAAUGCAAGCCAACCAAAGGACAAAUCACAUCAGAUGUGUUUCAGUCAGUUUACUAUUCUCAACUAUUUACCAGGUCAUAAGCUAUUGGUAGCCUUGCCGACGCGCUGAAUCCUGAGUCAAAAGGUUCAAGCGGAUACUCAUCCCUGACAAACUCGCCCAAACUCGACUCCUUGACAAACCCUUGCCGCGUUAGGAGCGUGAAUAUCUUUCUCUGACGUGUCAGUAUUAAUAGCCAGCUCCGGUUAUAUUAUUUAUUCUUUGUCACGUAGCAGCAAUUAGAAGGACUGACCGGACAAAGCUAAAGAUACUACUCUGCACCCUGUUUACCUGCGUAAAGAGACCAAGGAAUUCACUGGUGUCUACCGGCACGUUAAUGAGCUGCCGUUUAGUUCGUUUCGUCGUUCGCGGCAGGGACGUCGAAAAUGGAUUUUCCUUUUGAAUACCCAAGAGCCCGGAAGCCCGCUGAUGCAACCUUGAACAAGUUUCCCGACUUUGCACCAAUCUCUCGUUUUCAUAGGUUUUCGAGGAGGCAUUGUGGAUUAUUUACGGCCGAAAUUACGCCAUCAUCACUGAUCUCACCAAUCGGUUGAACUUCUUCUGUAAAAUUUUCUGCAAAACGAUGAACUGCAUUACUGCACCAACUGCUCAUCAUCAUUCCGGAGCUCGUGCGAAGAAUGCGGACAAGAGCGACGACGACUUCUCAGGAGGACCGAAGAGAGUUUUGGCUUCGAAGUAUCUCCCCAGCUCGCUUCAGUAUGAAAUUCUUCAGUCUCACGCCUAGAUACUUGGAAUGCA